AGCAAGAUGGGCCCCCUGCCCUCCUGCCCCCUCCUCAUCCUCCUCCUCUUCCUCCCCUCCAUUGCCAUGGAGGCCCAUCCUCCACCCUUGCCACUGCCCCCAUUCCCAGCCCCCGAGUGGGACCUCCUGUCCCCCCGAGUAGCCCUGUCCCGGGGUGCCCCUGCAGGGCCCCCUCUGCUCUUCCUGCUGGAGGCAGGGGCCUUUGGGGAGCCCGUGGGCCCGGCCAACCGCAGUCGGCGUGGAGUGAGUGAGACGGCAACGGCGCAUCGCAGGGGAGAGCUGGCGGUGUGUGACGCGGUCAGUAGCUGGGUGACCGACCGCAGGAGUGCCGUGGACCUGCGUGGACGCCAAGUGGAGGUGCUGGGUGAGGUGCCCGCAACUGCGGGCGGGCCCCUCCGCCAGUACUUCUUUGAGACCCGCUGCAAGGCUGACAGCUCAGGGGCAGGUGACCCCGGUGGGGCUGGAGGAGGCUGCAGGGGCGUGGACCGACGUCACUGGUUGUCCGAGUGUAAAGCCAAACAAUCUUACGUGCGGGCCCUGACUGCUGAUGCCCAGGGCCGUGUGGGCUGGCGAUGGAUUCGAAUCGAUACAGCCUGCGUCUGCACACUUCUCAGCCGGACUGGACGGGCCUGA